GUGGACAGCGGGAUGACUGGGCGGGGUGUCUACACUAUCUACCCACCGCAAUAUCCAAACGGCUUGACCGUUUACUGCAGGGGAAAUGGAUAGUGAUUCAGAAUCGUAAAAGCGGGUGGGUCAAUUUCACCCGUAGCUGGGCCGAGUACCGAGACGGCUUCGGUGAUCUGACGUGGGAGUUCUGGCUGGGCAACGAGGUAGUCCGCCAGCUGACCUCGGAAGGCACUUGGAGACUACAGAUUAUAGUGCAAGAAGCAAAAGGCUUAAAGAGAAUAACCUGGACGCAGUUCAAGAUCACAGGUGACAACUACACACUACAUAUGGAUCCAUUGCAACCAGGGGAUCAUCAUUACUCAAAAGGAAAGUCUCUCACUGACGUUUCCUUAGGCCAGCCGUUCUCAACCUACGAUCGCGACAAUGACGCCGAUGGCAACGCCAAUUGUGCCGCUCAGCUGAAGGGAGGCUGGUGGUUCAAGACUUGUACUGGAGGAGUCGGGAAUGUGGAUCUCGUGCCGACUAACCUGAAUGGGGAGUAUUCCUAUCCCGUCAACUACACGGGGCAAGAUUACCGCGGUAUGAGGUGGGCUGGUGCGCUUGAGUUUGGUGACCAAAUACUAUCUGCUUCACUGAAAAUCAUGGAAACCAUGACAGUUUAAAGGAUAAAAAAAAUUAAGCAACCGUUCUUCUACGUUUAUCAACUACCCUUAAAAUUCCUUUAGGAAAUUUGUGAUAGAAAUCUAGCGACGUGCGAUUGCAAGGUGUUUGCUGGUGGUUUUUAGAUUAUAGUGAAUGCUGUAUCAGCAUCCAUACUCCAACCGGCCUUAAACAGAGUGUUUCAUUUCGGGCAAGCACAUAUUUAUUCCCGUUCAUAAAUACCUUUUCGGUACAAAACAAGUCAAUUUUUUUUUUAAAUUUUCCAACAUUUUUACUCAACAAUUUAACUUCAUUGGGUUUUUUUUCGGAACACCCAUCUAGCUUAUGUGCUUUGGUAUGGCCUUCUCGCGAGUAACCUUAAAAACCUCCUUAUCGGCACAGAACGCAGCUGUUCCGGUGUAGUGUGAAUUUAGGACUAUGAAACAAUAUUGCGCAUACCUAAGUGAGGAUUGUGAAUGUUUAAUCAACAAAACGGUACUGGCAGGCACCGGAUUUCAUGUAGGAGUCCAAUUUUCAUAUGUCGCUGGAAAAGUGUUUUAAGACCUGCCAGCCGGUCUUU